CUUAAACUUGUAUAUAAAAUCAAUUGUAGGUUCCUUCACCACGUGACAGUAAACGUCAUCAUAGUUGUUCUAAAUUUCAAUCGAAACGUACCGUAAAUACACUUAUCUCUAUUUGAAAUGAAAUUCGAAUCGACGAAACCUCGAAAGGGUUGACAAGGGUGAGUACCGAAAGAUAUCAAAUAACAUCGAAACUUGUAAAUUCUACCGAAAGAGGGACGGCGAAACAGGACGAAGAAAAGAUAGGUUAAUAGUAUAUUCCCUCUAAAGCAAUCAUUGCGUCGAAUCCGUUCUGUUUACGAGUGCAAGCACUGUUGCCUCCUGGUGCAGUAGCGUCAGAAGAUACACGAAGGACAAAUCACGUCGAAAGUUGGUGAUCGAUCUUCGUAAACCUUCAGAUUUCUUCGAGUAUUACCGGACACUAUCUUUAUCCGGCUUUAUCGUGAUGCAACCUCGAGUCCCCGUGCAUUACGUCGUAUGAGGUGGACGGAUACUGAAAAAAAAUUGUACAAACAGGAGACGACUCGCGUCAUUCGAAUUAUUUCGUAAUGUCGGUCUCGUUUUUCAUUUUCCUCGACACGAUCUUCGUUGUUCUUUGGAUGGGCGUGAUCGACGUAUCAGCUUUGCAUACGAAGGAUCCUCUCGCUCAUCAUGGUAGAUGCGAACCGAUUACGAUAAAUCUUUGCAUGAAUAUACCGUACAAUGAAACUAUAAUGCCCAAUUUGAUGAACCAUCAGAAACAAGAAGAAGCUGGCUACGAGGUUCAUCAAUUUGCGCCUCUCGUCAAGGUUAAAUGCAGCCCUGAUCUACGUUUCUUUCUCUGUUCUGUUUAUGCACCAGUUUGCACUAUCAUCGAGAAAGCAAUACCACCGUGCAGAUCUCUGUGCGAGAGUGCUCGUGCCGGUUGUGAAGAUUUGAUGAACAGUUUUGGUUUUAAUUGGCCGGAUAACCUUGAUUGUUCUAAAUUGCCUGAAAAUGGGAAAGAACUUUGUGUUGGUACUAAUGAAACAACACCAGUGGAACCAUCGGCACCUGUAUAUUCUCCACCACGCAUGCCAGUUGCAGAGUUUCAGCCACCUUGGAACAGUGGUGGAGCCACGUCUUACAACGGUAAUGGCUUUGCGCUCGGUGCCAGAGACUUUGGAUUCGUUUGUCCCCUGCAAUUCAAAGUUCCACAUGGACUGGGUUAUUCUCUCAAAGUAGGGGAUAAAAUAGAACCUAAUUGUGGUGCACCCUGCGAUGGUAUGUUCUUUACAGAAAGAGAACGUAACUUCUCCAGAGUCUGGGUCGGUACCUGGGCAUCUCUCUGUGCUGCAUCAUGUUUUUUUACGUUCCUGACCUUUCUCAUCGACACUGAUAGAUUUAGAUAUCCAGAGAGACCCAUUAUUUUUCUAUCGGUAUGCUAUCUCAUGGUAGCACUGACAUACGUGAUAGGAUGGGCCGCUGGUAAUUCUAUUGCAUGUAGAGAGCCCUUUCCUCCGCCUUUAGACAUGCGUAUUCAGAUGGUAUCUACAAUAACGCAAGGAACUAAGCACGAAUUAUGUACUGUGCUUUUUAUGGUGCUUUACUUUUUUGGUAUGGCAUCGAGUAUAUGGUGGGUUAUACUUACAUUGACGUGGUUUCUGGCAGCUGGUUUAAAAUGGGGACACGAAGCUAUAGAAGCACAUUCGCAGUAUUUUCAUUUAGCUGCUUGGGCAGCACCAGCAAUAAAGACCGUAACAGUCCUUGCAAUGGGAAAAGUAGAAGGAGAUAUAUUAUCCGGUGUUUGCUACGUGGGUUUGUGGAACGUUGAUGCAUUAAGAGGAUUUGUGCUAGCUCCUCUUUGCGUUUACUUAGUUCUUGGAACGGCCUUUCUUUUCGCCGGUUUUGUUUCUCUCUUUCGCAUACGCACCGUUAUGAAGCACGAUGGUACAAAGACCGAUAAGUUAGAGAAGUUAAUGAUCCGCAUCGGUAUUUUUUCCGUAUUAUAUACCGUACCAGCGCUCAUAGUGAUCGCUUGUCUUUUCUACGAGCAAGCGUAUUUCGAUCAAUGGAUGUUAACUUGGAACAUGGAGAUGUGUUCGCGACCUGGGUUGCAAUCGCUUUACUCGAUGCCUUGUCCUGUCGGUGAACGUACUCGUGAUCUUGGCCGGCGGCCAGAAUUCGAAGUCUUUAUGAUAAAAUAUUUGAUGGCAAUGAUAGUUGGCAUAACUAGUAGCUUCUGGGUAUGGUCUAGUAAAACUCUCAGUAGUUGGAGACAAUUCUUUAACCAUCUUCAGGGUCGUCGUACAGAAGCGUACGUUUGAAAUUAAUUGCGUUUAAAUAUAAAAGGAAGAAGAAUGACUUUUGUCAAUGCUUUUUACUAUCAUUGGCAAAUUAUAAUGCUUAGGACAAAAAGGUGGAGAGAGAGAAAUAAUAUUCGGUGAUAGUUCGCUCGAAUGAUUUCGAUUUUGUAACACAUUGUACGAGAAAACACUUCCAAAAUAUUUCAGGUAUUAUUUCCAUUAUAAUAUAUAUAAUCCAAUAUAACUUAAACUUAUUUGAUUUCUGAACAAUGUAUAAAAUAUGCUUAAUGCAUUGCUUACUUCCAAAGAAGAUAAAGCACGCUUGAACUCGUCAAUGUGUUGAGACUGUCACCGAUGUAGAAUUAAAAGGUUCUACAUUUUUAGAAGUUUAAUGUGCCAAACAAGUGUUAUAUUUUUAUAAACGAUACAUGUCCUCUGAAUGUCCAUAAGCCUUUUAUCUAUUUUAAUUGCAUGACACGUAUGUAAGAUAUAACGACUGAUAGUUUAUCAAUUUGAAAGUAUUAUUAUGCGAUAUCUGCUUUAAACUCUUUAUAGAUAUAUUAAUAGUACUUUUGGUAUAAACAAAUCAUUUAUUACUCAAUUUUAUAAUUAAAAAUUAUAAGAGAUUUUCGUCAUUUAAGCAAAGCUAAGUGACUAGAUAGUAUAAAUCAUUUAUCGUAUCGGCUAUUUCACUUUAAUUAAGGAAAAACUGACGGUAUUAUGCUUAAUAAAGGAGCGUGUUUUUCGAAUAUUUUAAGAAACUACUGAGAAAUAAUAAUACUCAGAAAAAGACUUCAAGGACUGUUGAACAUUAGAAUUUUAUUUUUUUUAUUUUUUCUAUAUAUAUAUAUAUUCUAUAUAUAUAUAUAUAUAUAUAUAUAUAUAUAUAUAUAUAUAUUCUAUAUAUAUAUAUAUAUAUGAAGAUGGCAAUCUUAAUAAUCAGGUACGAAUAAUUAUCGUGAUCAAAAGUAAUCCUAUGCGUAGUUCGAAUUAAAAUGUUUACUUAUAGGAAUAAUUGUAACUUCGAAUUAAUUGUAUAUAGUUAUAGCUCUUACUUUUAUCCUUAUGUAUGUAUCGUAAUAUGUAUAAUUUUUAAGUAAUUGUGUACAUAUAUGUAUACACAUACAAAAUAGGCACACGCCAAAUCUCUUGGCACUUUUGUAUGUUUCCUAUACUAAAUCAAAUAGCGGUGAUAAGUUAAAGAGAACCGCACAAAUUUAUGAAAUGUAGUUAUUUUCAUCGAAAAGCAUCGAUUUCUUUUUCUAUGGUAUAUAAAGGAAGUUUGUUAGAAAGAAUAUUUAUUAACCAAAUAAUUUUGCGAGAAUAUUUCACAAUGAUGAAAUGUACUUCGUAAAACGAAUUUUGCUUGAUAUCAAGAUCAUUCUUGAGAAUCAAGUUUAAUCACGAUGUUCCAAACUGUACUAAUUCGUCCAUUGAAAACUGCCGAACUCUUACGUAUGUACGUUACGCAAGUUCUAUUCUCACGCUGAUAAUAUGUAUGACUUGCAAAGAGAGAAUCGCAUGUUUGCUUGCUGUUAGAGUAUUAAGUAUUGUACGUAAAAUACGCGUAAAGUGCAGGAUUAUUACAUUGCUAAAUAUAUUAUAUACUUUAUUUGAUAGUGAAUGAGAUGGAUGUAUACAAAUAAUUAUAUAUAUACUAUAUAUAUAUACAUAUAUAUAUAUAUAUAUAUAUUUAAUAUACGAUCAAUUUUUAUACGGAUAUAAAUUUAUAACAUCCACUUACACUCUUAAAUAUGCGCGAUAUUUAUUCGCACAGGUACAAAAAUUUAUUUCGUUCUUACUUGAACGAGAACCACGUGUCGCAUGCAUGUUAUACAAUACUCAUGGAAGUUUUAAUUUUAUAUGUCGAACUUAAUAAAGCUGCCGAUACUUAUGUAUAAA